AUGGCGCACAUCCAGGACGACUUCGCUGCGUACACGACCAUCGGCGAGCGGGUCGCGCCGCCCACCGAGCAGCGCAAGCCCGUUCACGCCUCAUCGGCCGGACCUUCGUUCACCGUCCCGCCAAAGCUCGAGCCCUUCCUUCUCCUCGCCAAAUCUGCCCGCGGAGCCGGCGCAGCCAACUUGAUUACCCAAGCGACCUCCUCCGCCGGAGUCUACGUCUUCAGCGAGUUGCUCGAGCAGCCCAGCAUCAAGGAUCUCGCGAACGACGAGAAGCACGCGGGACAGUACAGACUGUUGGAGCUGUUUGCGUACGGGACUUGGGGAGAGUACCUCGCCGCCAAGGACUCGUACCCUGCCUUGACCGCCGAGCAGGAGGCAAAGCUCAAGCACCUCUCCGUCCUUUCGCUCGCAACGCAGAACAAGAUCAUCCCCUACUCGACGCUCCUCUCGACGCUCUCGCUCUCGAGUGUGCCCGAACUCGAAGACCUCCUCAUCGAACUCUUCUACGCAAACGUCCUCACGGGCCGUCUCGACCAGAAGGGCUCGCGCCUCGAGGUCCUCAGCUCGGUCGGCCGCGAUGUCCGUCCUGCGCCCGUCUCUGCAUCGUCGGACGAAGCCUCGAUGCAAGUCGACUCGUCAGCCUCUACGUCGAUCGCCUCGGCGCCUUCGAUCUCGACUCUCACGGCGUCCCUCACCUCCUGGCUCGAGACGAUCUCGUCGCUCCUCUCCUCGCUCGACAAGCACAUCGCAGCGCUCCAAGCCUCGGCCAUCAACGCCUCGCAAGAACAGCUCGAGCACGAGAAGCGCGUCAGGGCCGUGGCGGAGGAAGUUGCGGCUUCGGCGGGGAAGAAGGAGAAGGGCAAGAGUGGUGGAACGGGAGCGGGAGGGGAGCCGGCGGCUUGGAAGUCGCCUGGCGGUGUGGGUGACAUGGAUGUCGACUCGGGCUUGCCGGGAGGGCUCUUUGGCGGUGGAGGCAGCAGCGGCAUGAGGGGUCUGCCGCCGCUCAGCCCCGGAGGAGGGUUCGGAGGCGGGAACGGAGGGAACAGCGGCGGGAGGACGCGAAAGAGGGGGCGGAUGUGA